AUGGUAAAUCAGACUGAAGGUUAUGUCUCAGAGCUAAUAACUCGCUCCACAACUGCUUGUGUGCUUUUUAUUUUUGUGCUCUCCACCUUCCUAGGGAAUGCUCUUGUGUGCACUGCUGUGGUGCGAUUCCGUCAUCUUCGUUCCAAAGUAGCGUAUGUGUUUGUAGUAUCCUUGGCUGUGUCAGAUCUCUUAGUUGCCUCUCUUGUAAUGCCAUGGAAGGCAGCCACUGAGAUUAUGGGUUUCUGGCCAUUUGGAAAUUUCUGUGAAGUAUGGGUUGCAUUUGACAUUAUGUGUUCCACUGCUUCCAUUCUUAACCUGUGCAUCAUAAGUGUGGAUCGUUACUGGGCUAUUGCUAGUCCAUUUAACUAUGAGCAGAGAAUGACAAGGAGGGUGGCGUUUGUCAUGAUUGGAGUGGCAUGGACUCUAUCUGUUCUGAUCUCAUUCAUUCCUGUGCAGCUGAGUUGGCAUAAAACUCUGGGCCAUAAAGGAGACCUAGAAGGGAGCGGUGAAAAAUGUGAUGCCAGUUUAAACCGUACUUAUGCCAUCACCUCAUCUCUGAUCAGCUUCUAUAUCCCUGUCUCAAUAAUGAUUGUGACAUAUACACGCAUCUUCUUCAUAGCGCAAAAGCAGAUUCGAAGGAUCUCAAUGCAAGAGUGUACCAUUAAACAUAUUCAGUCUUGCCAAGGCUGCAAUAAAGAACCCGAAGAAAAAUUAAAAAGCUCAUUUAGGAGGGAAACCAAAGUCCUGAAAACUUUAUCAAUUAUUAUGGGAGUGUUUGUCUGCUGUUGGCUCCCUUUCUUCAUACUGAACUGCAUGGUGCCAUUUUGUGACCCUGGUUUCCACAAUGCUGGUCACAUCCCAUGUGUCAAUAAAACCACCUUUGAUGUGUUUGUGUGGUGUGGAUGGGCAAACUCUACCUUAAAUCCUGUGGUGUAUGCCUUUAAUGCAGAAUUCCGCAAAGCGUUCUCCAGCCUCUUAGGGUGUGGGAAGUUGUGCUCUCGAAAUAUGAUUCAAACGGUUGACUUAAGCAAUGAGUUUGUGUCCUAUCAUCGGGACUCCACAAACCUUCGAGAUGCUCACGUUUUCAGUCAACCCUGCCUGCUUCCACACUCUAUCAGGGAGGAAAGUGACAGAGACAUGUGGUUUGAUACCAUGUCACAGAUGGCUGAAGUCCCUCAUGAGAUAGAAUGUAACUUUGGAUAUGGGGAAAGACAUCCUACGCUAAGUCAUGGAGAUACAGAACUAUCCUUGGAUAAGAUCAUUUACACAAGACAAGCUAGUCACUCUUGA